AUGUUGGUAUGUGCUCCCCAUGCCAAUCAAUUCAUCGAUGCUGUUGUGAUUUCCACACACCUGCCUCGAAAGAUUUACUAUGUCGGGGCAGCUUCCAGUUUUCGCAAGUACAAGAUCGUGGGCUUCUUCAUGAAGCUCAUGGCGUCCAUUAUCCCAGUAGAACGUCACCAGGACGUAAAGCGGGAGCUCAGUGGAACGGUGAGAGUGGAAGGUGACCACAUCAUCGGAACAAACACAAAAUUCACUUCGGAGGUCGCCGCGCAGGGCUCCGUUCAGAUCGGAGGCGGCUCCUACAUCGUCAGCGAAGUGCGAAGCGACACCGAUCUGCUUCUGAAUCUCGCGAAAUCGAAGCCCGCGCCGCUCUCUUCCGCCGAAUCCAACUCGCCGUCCUCCAAAGCGCUCUUCUUCCCUCACAUCGAUUACCACAAAAUGUUCGCAGCCGUGUGGCAGACCUUGGCUGCCAAGAAAUGCGUCGCGAUCUUCCCGGAAGGAGGCUCGCACGACCAGUCCAACUUCCUUCCCUUCAAAGCGGGCGUUAGCAUCAUGUCUCUCGGAUUCCUCGACCAUUACCCCGAUUCCGAGUUCUAUCUCAUCCCCGUGGGAAUGAACUACUUCAAGCGAGACUCCUUCCGCGAAGCGCGCGCCUUCUUGGAUAUCGGUGAGCCCAUCGAGGUGGAUCGCGAUCUCGUGCGGCGAUUCCAUCAGGGCGGCGAAGUGAAGUACGAAGCCGUGAACGAGCUGCUCAGCUCCAUCAACCGAAACAUGUACAAUGUCACGACGAUGGCGUCGGAUUGGACCACGCUCAACGCGGUGAACACGGUGCGGCACAUCCUCACGGGGAAGGAGAUCCAGCUCACCACUGAACAGAAGUGCAAACUCGAUCGAAACCUCGUGCAUGGGUCGUACUUCGACUCGGAUCCUGAGGUGAAGAGCUUGCUGGAUCGCGUUCUGGACUAUCGGGAAUUGCUCUCCUGUGUGAGGCAAAAUGACUACAAGAUUAGUGGAGGGAGCACGCGAAACCUUACAACCAUCCUCAUGAUUCUUUGGAGUUUGGUCAAGGUGGUCCUCACCGGCAUUCUCAUGGUUCCUGGGUUCCUACUAGCCCUCCCUUCUUUGAUUGUGGUCUCUGUGUACGCGAGACGAUACCAGAAAAAUGCAUUAAAGAAAAGCUCGGUUAAAAUUCGUGCGAUGGAUGUAGCAGCAACCGGAAAGAUCGUCUCGUCCAGUCUGUGCUUUGUUAUCAGUCUGGUCGUGGAGCCCAUGAUCAUUCUUGCGUUCUGCGCGAAACGAGGAGCAACUGUCACGUUCCUCGACUACGUCGCGUUGAUUAACAUUUUACCUUGGUUAUUCUAUCUUACGAUAUAUCUAGGAGAUUUCUGGUUCUAUGGUCUAUCGGAGUUGCAUUAUCUAGUAUGGAGGUUCAUUUACCCCACGCUUGAUCGGUAUAUCAUCAAACAGCGAGAACACUUGAGAACCGAUUUGAAUGCAGCUAUUGAAGCAAAGGGUCCUGAGCUGUUUGGAAGCAAAGAGGAAUUUGAAAGGAAGCGAGUUUUAAAGGAUGGAGCUGUUUCGAUGAAACGAAUCAAGACCGUCCUGUCGUUGUCCGCUCUUCUUCCGGAUCCUCUCAAUAUCGGUGAACUCACUCAGGAUAUUUUUUCUCAAAUCAUAUUUUAUAAGUGUUUGUUGAUCAUAUUCUACUAUAUCCAGAAGGAGGCUGGGUCCAGUAUAGAGCACCCCAAUUGCUUUAUGCUCAAUAAGUGCGUUAGUACAGUAAAAGUGAUGAAUAGGAAAGAGAAUAUUACUAUGGGAGAUGUAGUAGACGCAUUUCCAUUGAGCAAGUUUGGACGUUAUCAUUUGCGAUUUCGUCAAAAACAAGGAGAUUCGUACCAGUGGGUCGAAGUCCAAGAUCGAUCGGUUCCAGCUCCUUUCUAUAAUGGAGGGAUCUUCUUGAAAGUGCUCAAUAUCGAUAAAAUGGAGAAAGGUAUUACGAGGAUUCCUAUCGAGGAUUCUAUAGUCUAUUCGGAUCUUGAAGAGUCUGAUUCGAGUGAUAGUGAGUUGGAUGAGUAUCCUGAGUCAACUCCUGCAGAAGAGGAAGAGGAGGAAGAAGAGGAGGAGGAGGAAAACGUUGAAGAAGAGACAAGCCCUGUUGAUUAUGGAGUUGAUCUCUCUGCUUUCGAAACUCCUUCCAAAGACGAAUCUCCCACUCCUUCGCGAUCCUCAGCACCCAGCAAAUCAAGCACAAAAUCCAAAUCCAAAUCCAAAUCCACUUCCAAAUCCACAAAAUCGGCUCCCGUCUCCACCACUCCCACAAAAACGCCUGUUAUCGAGCAGGCAGAGGUCAAGUACCUUCUCCCUCCACCCUUCAUUCCCAGCUUUCAAUAUGUUUCUCCGGAGGACGUCACGCUCGAUUCCGAAGCCAGGUUUGCUUUCCUUCCUUUUUUCACCCUUCAGCAAACUCACCGGCACUUCCUAUGA